AUGACUCCAAAAGACAUAAGCAUAAGCAAAACAAAAGAAGCCCAGCUUAAAAGCAACGAUGCCGUGAAGAAAGAAACGAAAGAGCAGCAGUACACAUUUACAAACUGGGCAGGCAAUCAACGAGCAUGCCCAGCUCAGAUUUUUCAUCCUCAGACAGCAAAUGAAUUGGUCGAUAUCGUCCAUUUGGCUAAUGUAGAAGGCAAGAAGAUCCGAUGUACUGCCUUUGGAUGUACAUGGUCGUCCUCUUCUGUGGUAAAUGAAGAAGGGUAUCUAGUCAACAUCACAAAAAUGAAUAGGAUUUUUGACCCGGUGCACGUGGAAGGGAAUGGCUGGACGGUCGAGAUUGAGGCAGGGGUUGCCGUCAAGGACCUUGAUGACGCCCUUAGGAAGCAUGAACCACCGCUGGCAUUGACUUCUAGCGUCGUUCUGAAUUCCAUAAGCUUCGGCGGUAUCAUUUCCCUUGGAUGCCAUGGCGCUGCUAGUCACGAAUCAACUAUGUCAGACCUUGUCACCAAGGUUAAGAUCAUUGAUGCCUCUGGGGUCAUGAACACCUUUAGCAAGGCGGCAGACCCACACGAGUUUUCUGCCGCUGCAGUGAGCCUUGGUCUUCUAGGCAUCACAUAUAGUUAUACCAUUCGUGUGGAGCCUAUGUUCAAGCUGAGGAUGCGAGAUUCAUCACCCCCUCUAGUAUACUAUUUUGGGAGCCCCAAGACCUGUGGGCCGAGGUUGAAGGCCAUGGUGCUUGGAAAUGAUCAAACAGAGAUUUUUUAUUGGCCAUUCCAUGCCAAUGGGAAAGGUAUGGAGUACGAACGUAUCUGGCUAAAGGAAUGGCAGCGCACGAGUUUACCUUGUUCAGGAUCACGUACUGAGGCCAAGAUCAAGAAAUGGGCAGAAAAUAUUGGAAUGAAGCUUGGUAAUACCAUUUACCGAGUAAUGCUCCAGCGCCCAAGCAUAGCGCCUCUGGUGAUUCGAACCCUAUACAAGGCCAUUAACAUGAAUAAGGAGAGAGUACUGUAUGCACCAGAUGCUAUUCAUUAUCAGUCGGGCAUUGAGCAUGUUCAAAGUGUGUGUACAGAGAUGGGUAUUAAAGCGGACGAAAAUUUUGAAAACGUUAUACAUGCUUGGAACAAAGUCAUUGAAUUAAUAGAGGUGUAUCAACGCAAAGGCUCAUUUCCUCUCAACAUUGCAGUAGAGAUGCGGUUUGUCAAGGCAUCUCAAAUGUUGAUGUCAAAUUUAUACGAUACAGAUCCCAAUGCAAUUUAUGCCGCAAUUGAAAUCAUCACUGCUUCAGACACAAGUGACUUUGAGCAUUUCGCCACCGAGAUAUCACAAUACUGGAUGGACAAUUUUAAGGCUCAGCCACAUUGGGCUAAACUGUGGGAGUUUUUACCAGGAAUUGUUCCAUAUCUCCGCAGGGAGGCUGGUGAGCGGUAUGAUCAGUUUGAGGCCAUCCGCAAGAAAUAUGACCCGCAAGGCAUAUUCAUGAACCGUACAUUUGCUGGACUUGUAGGACACUAG